CAGUGUAAAUUGUGACACUAGCAGUGUGACUGGAAAUUUUAUUGCGUGUAGCUUCGUGUGGUCAUUAGUAUAUUUUGUACCUGUGACCCUUCCCUAAUGUAGUAGGGUACAGCGGUGAGAUUUUGUUUGGAAUUCAUUGGGGUGGAUCUACCAAAGGAUCCUGAGUUUCUUGUGUAGGACGUAACCUCUCUUUUACCACGGUGGCAGCUCAUCCAUCCAUCCAUAGCCAGUACUGACUCGGUCCACCAUCCCUCCUCUUUCCACCUGGGAAUAGUUUGGCUGCUGGUUCCCUGUGCUUCACAGCCAAGGAAGCUGACCGAAAGGAAGCCAGAUAAUGGAGACUCCUCAUGAAGAAGUCUAGGAUUCAGGCUUGCCUUCUGAACAAGGACUUAUCUUCAAAAUAGCACACCUAGGGAUCUGCAUUGUCUCGGUGGGAAAUGAGUGAGAGAUUCGGAAACUGUGUGCCUAAGACUAACUCUAGAAAAUCUUUGGAAGUCAGAGAAAGAACAGGAAAAUCAGAAGGAAUAUUACAGGCAAGAGAUGGUAACACAUGACAAAAUGUCCAUUUUCAGCCCAGGCACGGGCCUACCUCAGCAUCCACGGAGUUACUCUACAGAGAAGCCCUAUAAAUGUGAGGAGUGCGGGAAAGCCUUCAGGCGAGCCUCCCACCUGUCCCAGCAUCAGAGUAUUCACACCGGUGAGAAGCCCUAUGAAUGUAAGCAGUGUGGGAAGGCCUUUAGCCGAGAUUCCCAGCUAAGCCUUCAUCAGAGGCUUCACACCGGUGAGAAGCCCUACACGUGCAAGGAGUGUGGAAAGGCCUUCACUCAAAGCUCACAGCUGAUUUUGCACCAUAGAAUUCACACCGGUGAGAAACCAUACAAGUGCGAGGCGUGUGGGAAAGCCUUUAUCCGGAGCUCACAGCUCAGCCGGCAUCAGAAGGUCCACACGGGAGAGAAACCCUUUGCAUGUAAAGAAUGUGGGAAGGCCUUCACCCAGAACUCGCAGCUCACUCUGCACCAGAGACUGCACACUGGCGAGAAGCUGUUCGACUGUCAAGAGUGCAGGAAGGUCUUCACUCAGCUCUCGCAGCUUAUCCUGCACAGACGAAUGCACACUGGCGAGAAGCCCUACGAGUGUAAGGACUGUGGGAAAGCCUUCAUCUGUGGCUCGCAGCUUUCGCAGCACCAGAAAACCCACAACGGAGAAAAGCCGUAUGAAUGUAAGGAGUGUGGGAAGGCUUUUGUUCGAGGGUCGCUACUUAUGCAACAUCAAAGAAUUCACACUGGCGAAAAACCCUAUAAAUGUGACGAAUGUGGAAAGGCCUUCAUCCGUGGUUCCCAGCUCACUCAACAUCAGAGGAUCCAUACUAAUGAGAAGCCUUACGGAUGUGAAGAAUGUGGGAAGAGCUUCAGUCACGGCUCACAACUAACUCAGCAUCAGAGGAUCCACACUGGCGAGAGGCCCUAUCAGUGUAAGGAGUGUGGGAAAGCCUUUAAUCGCGGGUCACUCCUUACGAGACAUCAGAGGAUCCACACCGGUGAGAAACCCUACAAAUGUAAAGAAUGUGGGAAAAAUUUUAGCCGGGGCUCAGAACUUACUCAGCACGAGAGGAUCCACACGGGCGAGAAGCCCUAUGAGUGUAAGGAGUGUGGGAAGUCCUUUAUCCGCGGCUCCCAGCUCACCCAGCAUCACAGAAUCCACACGGGUGAAAAACCGUACGAGUGUAAAGAAUGCCGAACGGCCUUCACGCAGAGCUCACACCUUUCCCAACAUCAGAGACUUCAUACCGGGGAGAGACCUUACGUGUGUGGCGAGUGUGGCAAGGCCUUUUCGCGGGGAUUGCUGCUCAUACAGCAUCAGAGAAUCCACACCGGCGAGAAGCCGUAUCAGUGCAGGGAGUGUGGGAAGGCUUUUAUUCGCGCCUCACAGCUCACUCAGCAUCAGCGAACUCACACUGGAGAGAAACCUUACGAAUGCAGGGAAUGUGGGAAGGCCUUUGGUCAUGGCUCUCAACUUACUCUGCAUCAGAGGGUCCACACGGGCGAGAAGCCCUAUGAGUGUAAGGAGUGUAGAAAGGCCUUCGCCCAGAGCUCACAUCUUUCGCGGCACCAACGAGUUCACACUGGCGAGAAACCAUAUCAGUGUAAAGAAUGUGAAAAGGCCUUUACACGUGGGUCCCAACUAAUACAACAUCAGAGAAUUCAUAUUGGUGAGAAGUCUUACGAAUGUAAAGAGUGUGGGAAGUUCUUCAGUUGUGGGUCACAUGUUACUCGCCAUCUGAAAAUCCACACUGGUGAGAAACCCUUUGAAUGCAAAGAUUGUGGAAAGGCCUUUAGCUGUAGCUCUUACCUUUCUCAGCAUCAGAGGAUCCACACGGGUAAGAAACCUUACGAGUGUAAGCAGUGCGGGAAAGCCUUCAGCUACUGCUCCAAUCUGAUCGACCAUCAGCGAAUCCACACCGGCGAGAAGCCCUAUGCGUGCAAAGUGUGUGGGAAGGCGUUUACAAAGAGCUCACAACUGUUUCAGCACGUGCGAGUUCAUACAGGCGAGAAGCCAUACGAGUGUAAGGAAUGUGGCAAAGCCUUCACUCAGAGCUCCAAGCUUGUUCAGCACCAGAGAAUCCACACUGGGGAGAAACCCUACGAGUGCAAGGAGUGUGGGAAAGCCUUCAGUAGUGGCUCAGCCCUUACCAAUCAUCAGAGAAUCCACACUGGGGAGAAGCCCUACGAGUGCAAGGAGUGCGGGAAAGCCUUCACGCAGAGCUCACAGCUUCGGCAACAUCAAAGGAUUCAUGCUGGCGAGAAACCUUUUGAAUGCCUUGAGUGUGGGAAGGCCUUCACCCAGAACUCACAGCUUUUUCAACAUCAGAGAGUCCACUCAGAUGAAAAACCGUAUGAAUGUAAUAAGUGUGGAAAGGCCUUUAAUAAGUGCUCAAACCUUACACGACAUCUGAGAACUCAUCGUGAGGACAAGCCCUGUAGCUGUGAUGAAUGUGGGGAGACAUUUAGUAAUGAAUCAGACCUCGCUCGCCAUCAGGAAACUCAUACCAAUGACUAAUAGUCCAUGCUUGAGGGUUACACUCUCUGACACUGUUUGACUAGAUAUUUACAUUUGCAUCUGAAUUAUUUGACUGUAGGUUAUGAGUUCCAAGCCCACAUGUAUUGUCUUCCUCCCACACCAAUGCUAGCUGCCUUUUAGGUUUUCUCCCCCCUUGCUUGGAGGUUUGCCAUACUGUUGUUUAUGUUUGCUCAUAUUUUUAGGUCUAUCUUUUGUGUUUAAACUGUGUUUCUGAUGCUUGGGCUAACAGCACGGUGUUUUAGUUGUGUGAGCUAAGUUCCUCGUGGAGCUCCGGCGUGGGGUCUGCGGCGGCGCAGGUCGCAAUGCUGUGUCUCAUGAGCUUGUGAGAAAAAAGAGAAAACCAGAAAGUCCGAAGCUCAGCCACAUGAAGAUGAAGCGUGACUGUGUUGAUUAUAGAUGACGGCUAUCAAAUCGGUAGAACCAGUCCAGCAGACGAUGUGUAGUUAGGGUGUUUGUAUUCCUCCCACAUCUGCUUUCCUCAUGCUAAAAAGUCAUCUUGCUUUUUCAGCAAAGACGGAGUCUAAUUAGAAAGAUGUACUUAAUAUCUUUUAAAUGACUAUUGCUCAUGUUAUGGUUACUUCUGAAUUUUUGCAUUUAUAAAAGCUGUCUCCAUUAACAUGACUCCAAACUUCCAUUUGUAUGUCUGAUGUUCCGUUCCUCCUAAAAAUGAGAACAUUUAAUGCUGAAUUUAUUUUCUCCUUGUAUGCUAUUUUGUUCCUUUUCAUGAACCCUAAUCCUAAUGACAUGCCAGAAAGGUAAUUACAGUUUGGGAAGUAUUGUUUUUCCAGAUUUUUUUCUUAUAUGUUAUCAGUAGUUGCUUAUUUCCUCUUUUACAUAUUUAAAAGUAUGUAUUCGUUUGCUGUGAGAACUCGGUGAACUCAUGAGUAGAGCUUAGAGAUCUAGUCCUAGCCUACACUAUGGGUUUAAUUAAAGAUUUGUUAGUUGUCGUUUGUAUACUAA